AUGAUCCAUCAAGGCAGAAAUCUGCACACUUGUUUGGUUGACCCAGCUAUCUCCAAAUCAUUGAACUGUGGUUACCAUAACGUGUUCAGUACUCAAGGGAUAAUGCCAAGAAAGGAUUUCGGUCCUUCGCCAUCCUCAUUUGGAUACCAAUUAAGCUAUUGUAAUUUAUCGCCACCAGUAUCACAUUUAGACCACCAAGUGGUUGCUAAAAUGAAAUCGUCCCCCGUCAACGGUCUAUUGAAGGAUCAAUCAGUGACCCAAAAAACAAUUCUUAAUUCAACUUUUGGCCCAGAUUUAUAUACUGAGGGCGAUGGUUUAUUUUCAUUUGAAGUGGAUACCAACAUACUGCCAUCGGAAUUACUCAAUAAAAAUUUAGAUGAUCCAGAUUUCGACUGGACAGAUUUAUUACCUGAUUCCAGUGAACCAGUCUCAUUGGAAGAUAUUAGUCCUAGUCAUUUUUUAAACUAUGAAAUAAAUAAGGAGGCCGGAGUACUAAAAGAAGGUGACGAAAGUAACAAUUGCCAAAAUAAUUCUCUUACAAAUUUUGAUUUGAUCACGUCUAAACCUUGUGAUAAAUCCAGAAUCGUUCAACAAAAGCCCACUUCUUCUUCGUCAUCAACAUCGGCUCAUUGUCUUUCAAGUUCAGAUAACACUUUUCAGCCUUCAGAUUUCAUGGAGUCUAAUGAUGAUUUUGAUAUAUAUGAAAAUUUACAAAAUGGUAAACCUGGACAGCAGGUUAAAUUUAGUUUGGAAGAAUGUAAAAUGCUUCAAGAGUUGGGUUGUCGAUUGCCUAUGAGAUUUCCACUAAGUCCAGCUGAUGAAAAAGCAAUACGUACUGUGAGACGGAAAAUUCGCAAUAAAAUCUCUGCACAAGCGAGUCGUGCAAAGCGUCAGAAAUAUGUGCUUGACUUGGAACGACGAUAUGCUUUAUGCACUGAGGAAAAUAAACAAUUGCGCCGCUAUAUAUAUGAAUUGCAAGAGGAUAAACGAAGUCUUACAUUACACCUACGCAAAUUACGAUCUUACUUGAACAAAUUUAUGAGUAAACAGAAUGAAGAUUCAUAUUUACCACUGCUUUUCAGUUCAAAUUGCCUGACACCAAACAAACAUGUCAGUGCUAGAAAAGCAGCUACAGCUGCCGGUGGAACAAGCCUCCUAGUAAUGACAUUUAUGGUUCUCAUGUGGACUGCCUUAGUUCCACUGCCUUCAAAUACGAAGAACUUUGAGACUACUUCGCCUCUGUCUGCAAAAAACUUGCUCACAUUACUUCCAGGUCGUUCAAGGACGUUAAUGUCGAUUAACUCAGAACAACCUUCAUCCCAAGAUGUUCUUCUCAAUGAAUCGAAAAAUAUUUUAUUGGAUCCAAAUCUACCAGAGAAUCCAAUAGAUCUUACUGUUCCCUUGAAUGAUAUUGAUUCUUCUGUUAGGAAAGAUGAUAACACUCUUGAAAAGGAAAGUAUUCACCUGAGAAAUGGUAAUGAUAAUAAUAUCUACACCAAUAACAACAGUGACAACAUUAAUGAAAGUAAUCUCAGUGAAGAGGAGAUAUUAUCCACUUACACUGAAUUGACCACUACGCCAGAAUCAUCAAAAUCCCUUGAUCUUGAUAUAUCUCAAUUAUACAUUGCCGAACGUGUUUACACAAGUUGA